AUGAUCGUGUCCCGCGGUGGUCAGGCAGAGACAUCACAGGCAGCAGCGCCAAACUCAAUUACAGCCGGGGGGAAGGAAUCACCUGACGACACCGGUGGGCUGCCCGGGAGAUCAUCAUGGCUGAUUGGCGGGGGUGCCAGCAUCACGACCAGAACAACCAUAUCGAGUCCGAUGAGCAACCGAGUCGUCAGCAAGAGCAGUUUCCAGGGCGGCGGCCGUCGGCUAGAGCGGCCUAGCGUUGCUAUCAAUUAUCGUCGGCGUAUGACUAGCGUCCCCCUUGUCCCGCUGGCUAUGUACUAUGUCCGUAAGGACAUCUUGCGCGCCCGUGCCAGUGGCCUACCUCGUCCGGAACCUGAGAUCAGUAUAUACAUGGCUAUUUUCGCCUCCCCCACUAUCUCCGCCUCAUUACUCUGGAUGGCCCGGGAUGCCCGCCCUUCGAUCUCACCGUGA